UUUGAUCUUCAAUAAUCGCUGCUGCGCUAAACGCUGUGUCGGAUCCUGCGAGAAUACUUGCUGCGUCACCUGUUAGCUUGUUUUGCCUCGCCACCCUAAUAAUAUUCCUCAAUGAUGGACAAGUCUUUACGGCAAGGAGCCCUGAAAACCUAUGCGACCAUCCGAGCGCCAAAGGCCUUGCGAUCUGUGCCGUUCCUUAGCCAACACAACGUCCGGCACCAAAGUUCGGCUCCUACCGUUGCUCAGAUUUCCUUUUGGAAGUCUCUAAUACCGAAACCUUUUCGUUCUCGCCCGAAAUCCACUGUUGACUGGGGCGUCCCGGAGAAAAAGAAAGUCAAGUCAAAAGAAUGGAACCCGGCAACUUUCUACAUCGUCAUUUUCCUUUUCAUCGGGUCCAUGGCCAUACAAAUGAUAGCGUUGAAAAGAGACUUUGCCACGUUCAUGAGACGCGCCGAAGUCCGCAUUGGUUUGCUACGGGAAGUCGUCGAGAAACUACAGAGAGGCGAAGAAGUGGACGUUGAGAAGGCGUUGGGGACUGGUGAUGCGGAGAAAGAGCAAGAAUGGGAGGAGGUUCUGCGAGAAAUCGAACAUGAUGAUAUUUUCAAAAAUGCAAAGAAGACUACAAGGGCCCAGCCUGCCGCAGCCACUGUCCCGACUACGACAGAAACGAAGGUCGAGUCAGCGUCAACACAAAGCACCAAUUCAACCAAACCGAACACAGGCUAUUCAAACUUCUUUUAAAUUCUAUAGAUGAUAGAUAUAAGUUGCCGGCUAAUUGGGUGUAUAUAUGCAUGAUCAGAGCCUCAUGUACCACCCAUCAGGACAGCAUGUCUUUGAAGACAGAAGCCCCAUGUGUCUCCGCAACACACUGAGGCGCUUCAUGAGUGGUUUGGGCCUUGAGUCGGUUUACCAGAGCGGGCAGUAACUCGUCGGUAGAUAUCUCUACUCUCACGGCUUGGCUGCCCCAUU